AACUGAAAGUGAAAUAGGGAACUGGUGGCCUCGAAGAGUUCCGGGAAAGUGAGGCUCCCUGCUCCGAAUCCCCAGAAAAGCCCGCUCAAGGUCUCCAUAGUGGUGCACACCUGGCACAGUGCCCCAUGGCCUCUGCAAAGCCCUUGGCAAUGAUGUGGGAGGAGGUAACCUGCUGUAUCUGCCUGGAUCCCAUGGUGGAACCUAUGAGCAUUGACUGUGGCCACAGCUUCUGCCGGGAAUGCAUAUCUGAGGUGGGGAAAAGUGGAGGUGGUGUCUGUCCAGAGUGCCGGCAGUGUUUUCUUCUCAAGAACUUCAGGCCCAAUCGGCAGCUAGCCAACAUGGUGGACAUGCUCAGACAAAUGAACCAGGAUGCCAAGCAGGGCACACAGGAGGAACAGUGUGUGGUACAUGGAGAGAGGCUUCACCUGUUCUGUGAGAAAGAUGGGCAGGCCCUCUGUUGGGUGUGCGUCCAAUCCAAGAAACACCAAAAGCACACCAUGGUCCCUCUUGAAGAUGCAGCUCGGGAGUACCAGGAGAAGAUCCAAGUGGCAUUAGAGAAACUGAGAAGACAGCAAGAAUUGGUUGAGAAGUUUGAAGUGGAUCUUGCAGUGAAGAGAGCAGACUGGAAGAGGGAAAUUGAGACACACAAAUCGAGGAUUCAUGCAGAGUUUGUGCAGCAGAGAAACUUCCUGUGUGAAGAGGAACAGAGGCAGCUGCAGAAGCUGGAAAGAGAUGAGAGGGAGCAGCUGAGAAUUCUGGGGGAAACAGAGACUGAAAUGACCCAACAGAGCCAGGCCCUGCAGGCACUGAUCUCAGAGCUGGAGCAGAGGAGUCGGGGCUCUGCACUAGAGCUGCUGCAGGAGGUGACAAUUCUCCUGAAGAGGAGUGAGUCCUGGAACCUGACAAAGAUGGACAUUGCCUCCCCACCCCUGAGCAGUGUGUGCUGCGUUCCGGGGCUGAAGAAGAUGCUGAGGAUGUGUGGAGUACACAUCACUCUGGAUGAAGACACCGCCAAUCAGUGGCUUGUUCUUUCAGAGGAUCGGAGACAAGUGAAGUUCGGAGAUACCCGACAGCCAGUGCCUGAAAAUGAAGAGCGAUUUGAUAAUUAUCCCAUAGUUUUGGGUGCCCAAAGUUUCAAUUCUGGAAAAUUUUACUGGGAGGUAGAUGUGACAGGAAAGGAGGCCUGGGACCUAGGAGUUUGCAGAAACUCUGUGCAGAGGAAAGGAAUUUUUUUGCUGAACCCUGGGAAUGGCUUCUGGACAAUUUGGUUGUGGAAAAAAGAAGAAUACUACGCUGGCACCUAUCCCCAGACUCCCCUCCACCUUCAGGUGCCUCCGCACCAAAUCGGAAUUUUCCUGGACUGUGAGGCUGGUAUUGUCUCCUUCUACAAUACCACUGACCAUGGUUCCCUCAUCUAUACCUUCUCUGAAUGUGCUUUUGAUGGACCUGUACGGCCCUUCUUCAAUCCUGGUUUCAAUGACAAUUUAAGAAAUUCAGCCCCUCUGACCCUCUGUCCACUGAAAAUGUGACAAUCAGGAUCCACUGUUGAUGGCUUUCUCGGGAUACUGCCACCCUCUCCAGUUGGUGCCUCUUCUUGGCUGCAGACCCUGCCUCUCUUUCCCAUGAAAGAGCCACCUUGUCUCUGUAGAGGUAGCAGCAUCCCAGCAAACAGGCUUUAAGAAGGACGCCCUGAAGGAGGUCAGUGUCUGAGGCAGGAGGGUCACCGCAAGUUCAGAGCCAGCCUGGGCUACAUAGUGAGUUGAAGGCUAGGCUGAACUGCAAGACCCUGUCUCACAAAACCAAGUCAAUAUCACAUGACCUUCAACAUCAGUGUGCCUGCUUUGGACUCCCUCCAGUGAAACAGACUGCAUAUUUAGCCCAACUCCCCUGUGUCAGCCAAAACAUUUUUCUGCCACCUUUGUGUGACUUACUUGUUUGUUCUCUGCAUCUCUAAGCUGUUUACCUUUGGUCAGAUCUCUGUUACAUUUUUCAUAGUUUACAAAAGGGCUCUUUAAAUAAAAAAUUCUGCCUCUGUCUGUCCUGUUCGGUCCUUGUUCUUAAACC